UACUAUACAUGUAUAAUGCAAACAAUAAUUGUCAUCGUUGGAUCAACCAGCAGUGCAAGAAACCAGCAACGAAAUCAACAACCUUGUUCGCAAGUGUAUCGAUUUAUGACAUAUGAUUUAUUAAAUCGCUCGUGUGUACGGGAUAAAAUUUCAUACGGAUUCGAACGUCCACAAACGGCCAGUUGUCUUCGACGCGACGUACCGAUGUUUUGAACCGAACGAAUAUCCUUCUGUUGAACUUUUCAUUUCGUUCGUACAAAGUACGCGGUCUGUCGAAAUUAUGCCGAAACGAAUAACGCCGGAGAAAGUGAUCGACAUCGUUUGGUUUAGCGUAGCUUUGACUUUCUGUUGGCCGCUUCCUAUCAAUAGCAGCGGAACGCGAACUCUGGUCCACAAAAUUGUGCAGAUCAGUAGCGUUAUUAGCGCUUGUAUGCUUCUCCUGCCUCUGCUAUAUUCGAUUUAUCUGCACCUAGACGACAUAAUCAUUGUUUCCGAAUGUAUCUGCCUGUUUUUAGGCGUGAGUCAAAUUAUAGUUCAGUCUAUUAUCUGCAUGAUCAAUCACGAUUCUCUGCAACACGUAGUCGAGGAAAUGAUAAUCUGCGUUAAACAAGCGCGAGAAUACGAAAGGGAGAUUUUUUCCAAGCUUAUCGCGCGAUGCAGCGUCUUUUAUGCAAUUUCUAUUAUGUGUAUAUACCUGGCUGCGACAGCUUUUUCGAUAGGACCUGCAAUCUUGCCGCUGUCCUUCCCAAGCGAAGCGGAAUAUCCAUUUCGCGUUAAUUAUACGCCAGUGUACCUUAUCAUAUACACGCAGCAGUCUAUCCUCAGCUAUCAAUGCGUUGCACAUAUAUGCCUAAGCAUGUUUGGAUCGCUUCUGUUUUGGUUCACCGCCGCGAGAUUCCAGUGUUUGGCAAUGGAACUAAAAAGGACUGCAGACGUUAGUACGCUGAUCGUUUGCGUCGAGAAACAAUUACAUUUGAGAAGAUACGCUAAAGAAGUGGUGGAUAAUUUUCGUUUCAUAGUGCUUUACGCUAUAGGAGUAAGCACGUCUGCUCUAACUUUAUGCGGCAUUAUAUUGCUCGUGGAUGUACCGCCAAUGGUGAAAAUACAGUUCGUAACUGUAUGCCUCACUGUACUUGCGGAGAUCUAUGUAUACGCGUGGUCGGCCGAUUACAUGAAAGAUAUGAGCAUAAAUGUCUCACGGAGUGCAUACGACAUAAUAUGGUACAAGCAGAAGUUAGAAAUGCAAAAGAAUCUAUUGACUAUGCUGGAAUGUCAGCAACCGAUAACUCUCUCUGUGAGUUGCAUAAUACCGGAGCUUUCUUUGCGUUAUUUUUGUUCGUAUCUGUCCAAUACUUUCUCCAUCUUCACCACUUUACGUAUCGUGAUCGAAGAUAAUGCGGAAUAAAUGCGAAUAAAAGAAUAUGGACAUUGUUUUAAUCGUAUAUUAUGGAACGAUACUUUUAUUGUGGUAGUCGCGAUUAAAAUUCCAAUUGCAAACUAAACUCUGUAACCAGCAAA